CACAAGAGCCAACUCCCCAUAUGUAACGCUACCUCGCUCAACGCCCACCUCUGAUCAUUCUCCUUAGACCCAGAUGGACAAUCGAAUCCAUGGAGGAUGCUCGCCACCGCGUCUCGCCCUCCGCGUCGCCUCCGUCCUCCUCUUCCUGUGCGUAGCCGCGACCCCGGCGGCGAGCCAUGGCCCCCAUGGCAAUGACACCGGCCUGCACAAGAACUUCCUCAUCAUCGUGCGCAGCCCGUACGAGUACGACACGAAGCUGUACAAGAACACGUCGAGCUGGCACGCGUCGCUCCUGGCCGAGGUGUGCGACAUGGCCAAGGAAGCGAUCGAGAAUGACCCCUCCUCCGUGACCCGGCUCCUAUACUCGUACCGCAACGUCGUCAAUGGCUUCUCCGCCCGUCUGACGGUGGAGGAGCUGGAGGAGAUGAAAAAGAAGGACUGGUUUUACAAGGCCUAUCCUGAGAAGACGUACCACCUCAUGACCACGCACACGCCCAAGAUGCUGGGGCUCAUGGGCGAGGGCAUCAUCAUCGGGGUCCUCGACGACGGCAUCUACGCCGGCCACCCGUCGUUCGACGGCGAGGGAAUGAAGCCGCCGCCCAAGAAGUGGACUGGCCGCUGCGACUUCAACAACACGGUGUGCAACAACAAGCUCAUCGGCGCGCGGUCCUUCUUCGAGUCGGCCAAGUGGAAGUGGAAGGGCAUCGACGACCCGGUGCUCCCGAUCAACGAGGGCCAGCACGGGACGCACACGUCCAGCACCGCCGCCGGCGCGUUCGUGCCCGACGCCAACAUAUCCGGCCUCGCGGUGGGCACGGCGGUCGGCAUGGCGCCCCGCGCGCACAUCGCCUUCUACCAGGUGUGCUUCGAGACGAAGGGCUGCGACCGGGAUGACAUACUGGCGGCGGUCGACGAUGCCAUCGAGGACGGCGUCGACGUGCUCUCUAUGUCUCUUGGCGGGAACCCGGACGCUGACUUCUCGGAGGACCCCGUCUCGCUCGGAGGAUACACCGCUGCCCUCAACGGCGUGUUCGUCAGCACGGCGGCUGGCAACAUCGGCCCCAACCCGGCAACCGUCGCCAACGGGGCACCGUGGCUUCUCACCGUGGGGGCGAGCACCACCGACAGGCGGUUCGCGGCCACCGUGAAGCUUGGCAGUGGAGAUGAACUUGACGGCGAGUCGCUCAGCGAAGUCAAGGACUACGGGAAGGAGCUGCGGCCGUUGGCGCGCGACGUGGGCGACGGUAAGUGCACCAGCGACACCGUGUUGAGCGCGGAGAACGUCACCGGGAAGAUCGUCAUUUGCGAGGCUGGCGGCACCCCUAGCACCGCCAAGGCCAAAAUGGUCGAAAAGGCCGGCGGGUUCGGCAUGAUCGUCGUCACCCCUGAGGUGUUCGGCCCGGUGAUCAUCCCAAGGCCCCACGUCAUCCCGACGGUGCAAGUGCCCAACAAAGUCGGGCAGAAGCUCAAGGCCUACCUGCAGUCCGAGAAAGAAGCCACGGCGAACUUCAUCUUGAAAGGAACGUCGUUCGACACCCCGCGAUCGCCGAUGAUGGCGCCGUUCUCGGCGCGGGGGCCGAACCUGCAAAGCCGGGGGAUUCUAAAGCCUGACAUCAUCGGCCCGGGAGUGAACAUACUCGCGGGCGUCCCCGGCAUCGCGGACUUGGUGUUGCCGCCCAAAGCAGAGAUGCCCAAGUUCGAUGUCAAGUCCGGCACGUCCAUGUCGUGCCCGCACCUCGCCGGGGUCGCCGCGCUAAUGAAGAACGCGCACCCGACGUGGUCGCCCGCCGCCAUCAAGUCGGCGCUGAUGACGACCACGGAAACCACCGAUAACGAGAAGAAACCGUUCCUCGACGUGGACGGCACGCAGGCGACGUACUUCGCCACGGGCGCCGGGCACGUGAACCCGAAGAAAGCCAUGGACCCGGGGCUCGUGUACAACCUGUCGGCGUCGGACUACGUCCCGUACCUGUGCGGGCUCAACUACACGGACCAGCAGGUGAACUCGAUCAUCCACCCGGAGCCGGCGGUGGACUGCACCAAGAUAACAAAGAUCGCCGAGAAGGACCUCAACUACCCGUCAAUCACCAUCAUCGUCGACAAGGCGGACACCGUCGUGAACGCCACCCGCGCGGUGACAAACGUCGGCGUGGCAAGCUCGACGUACGAGAUGGAGGUUGAGGCGCCGAAAUCGGUGACGGUGGAAGUGACGCCGACGAAGCUGGAGUUCAAGGAGCUGGACGAGGUCUUGAACUACACGGUCUCCGUCAAGGCCAAGGCCGUGCCGGAAGGCGCCAUCGAAGGGCAGCUCAAGUGGGUCUCCAGCAAGCACAUCGUGCGAAGCCCGAUCCUCGUAUUGCCCGGCGACGGGGAGGAGGAGGCCACGUCGGGAGCUGAGGGGCCUUCAGCUCAUGUUAGUUCUUUGCUCGAGUGACAGAUUGUUUUGUUUUGUUUUGUUUUCUUUGCUCGUGUUGAAAUACAGGUGUUGAUGGUCGUGACAACUGUUUUUCUUCAUUUAGGGGCAAAUGUAUGUGUGGCUGCAGUCCCCCUCUAUAUUGACAUGCGAUCUAUUGUAUUUAUUUGGGUAGGAGGUGUAUUUAAGGAUCACUUUGCCCUCAAUUAGAAAGAAAUUUCCUGCCAA